AUGCUUUCAGAUCAACGAGCUGGGAGUGAGUCGGCCACGCUCCUCCCAGGGAUGGAGCGGACCAGCCAGCCGCCGCUGGCGAAAGAGCGCGGCCGAGACGUCUUCUCCCGGGGCCGGGGCCGGGGCCGGGCCCGGGGCCGGGGCCGGGCCCUCGCGCUAAGCGUCCCGAAGCGGCGGAGGGCUUGCCCCGAAGCCGUUCCCAGUGCAAUAUCUUAUUGCUUUUUGUGUCUAUUUUUUUCUUCUCUCUUUUUAGGGAUGCCCUCUGCCUAUUCACAACUAAUACUACUUUUAGCAGUAUUUAUCAGUUUUAUCUCUGGAGAAACAGAAGUCAAGUUCGCUGGACAAACAGAAUUUGUAGUUAAUGAAACAACAACAACAGUUAUACGUCUUGUUAUUGAAAGAACAGGAGAACCAGUGAACAUCACAGCAAUUGUAUCAAUUCAUGGUGAAAAUACAGGUGACUUUUUUGACACAUAUGCUGCAGCAUACAUAUCUGAGGCAGAAAGAAAUCGAACUGUUUACAUCUCUGUGUGUGAUGAUGAUCUUCCAGAAGCUGAUGAAACAUUCAUAUUUUAUUUGACUUUACAGAAGCCACUUCCAGGAGUAACACUAGGAUUGCCUAGAGCUGUAACUAUAACAAUUUUAUCAAAUGACAAUGCCUUUGGAAUUAUUUCUUUUGAUAUGCCUUCCUUAAUCAUACUAUCAGAGCCCAGAGGUGGAAAUGACUCUGUGCCUCUCACUUUAGUUAGGGAAAAGGGAACCUAUGGAACUGUGACUGUGAUUUAUGAGGUAGAAGGUGGUCCAAAUUCUCCUGAAGAAGACUUGAGGCCAGUAAAAGGAAAUAUCACCUUUCCUCCUGGUACAGCUACAUUGGUUUAUAACUUAUUUGUUCUUGAUGACCAGGUACCAGAAGAUGAUGAAAUAUUUAUUAUUCAUUUAAGAAGUGUAGAAGGGGGAGCUGAAAUCAAUGCAUCAAGAAAUUCUGUUGAAAUUAUUAUUAAGAAAAAUGAUAGCCCGGUGAGAUUCACUCAAAGUCUUUAUAUGGUACAUGAAGAGGAUGAUAUACUAACAAUCCCAAUUCUCCGGGGUAAAGAUGAUGAUGGAAACAUAAUUGGACCAGAUGAAUAUGAAGUCUCAAUCUGCUAUAUCAUUGUAACUAGAAAUUCAACAGCACAUGCACAGCUGAAUUUGGACUUUCUGGAUCUACAGCCAAAUACAACUGUUAUUUUUCCACCUCUGGUUCAUGAAUCUUAUAUUAAAUUCAAAAUCCUUGAUGAUGCCAUACCAGAAAUUGCUGAGACAUUUCAUAUCAUGCUACUUAAGGAUACAUUGCAAGGAGAUGCUGUUUUAAUAAACCCAUCUAUUGUUCAAGUUACCAUUAAACCCAAUGAUAAACCUCAUGGAGUGCUAUCUAUCAACAGUAUCUUGUUCACUCAGUCAGUUGUUAUUGAUGAAGAUCAAAUGCUAAGGUAUGAAGGCAUCACUGUUGUAAGGAAUGGUGGAACACAUGGAAAUGUUUCAGUUGCCUGGCUUAUAACCCGCAACAGCAGUGAUCCUUCACCUGUGACUGAAGACAUCACUCCAGACUCAGGAGUGUUGCAUUUUUCUCAAGGGCAACUGUUGGCAUCCCUUCCUCUGACCAUUAUUAAUGAUGAUUUUCCUGAAGAAGCAGAACCUUACCUGCUUCAAAUUCUGGCUCACACAAUACAGGGAGGUGCAGAAGUGAGUGAGCCAUCUGAGCUUUUGUUCUACAUUCAGGACAGUGAUGAUGUUUACGGUGUAAUACAGUUCUACCCUUUGGAGAAUCAGAGGAUUGAAAGCAGCCCGGAUGGACGGUUUUUGUCCCUUAGCUUUGCAAGGCAAAGGGGAAAAGUGGGAGACCUGAGGCUGUCGUAUACAAUAAUGUAUAUACCUGCUGGGCUUGUGCAUCCUGAGAGAGCAAAAGAAGAUAUUCUAAAUGUUUCCGGAAGAAGUAUCCUCUAUUUACCAGAAGGAAAAACUGAUGCCAUUGUGAAAAUACCAAUAAGAAAUGAUGCAUUUCUUCAAAAUGGAGCCCAUUUCUUAGUACAGUUGGAAAAAGUGGAACUGGUGAAUAUUAUCCCUCUAGUCAUCUCUGUAAGUCCUAGAUUAGGUGAAAUCCAAAAUAUCUCCUUAAGAAUCACACCUGACAUUGCAAAUGGGGAAAUUGGCUUUAUCAGCAGUCUUCCAAUAAUUCUACAUGAGCCUGAAGAUUCUGCUUUUACAUUAAACUCUGUUCCUUUACAUCGAGAUGGAACUGAUGGACAAGCCACAGUGUUCUGGAGCUUGGCACCUUCUGGCCUUAAUCCAAAAGCAGUGACUGUUGGUGAUAUAAGCCCUUUCUCUGGCUCCGUUGUUUUUUUAUCUGGACAAAGCGACACAACAAUCAACAUCACUGUUCAAGCGGAUGACAUCCCUGAAAUGAAUGAGACUCUAAUAUUGUCUUUAGACAGUGUGAAUGUGGAAAAUCAAAUCCUGAAAUCUGGAUAUACAAUCCGGGAACUGAUCAUUCUGGAAAAUGAUGAUCCUGGGGGAGUGUUUGAAUUUUCCUCAUCUUCCAGAGGUCCCUUCAGGGUAAAAGAAGGUGAAUCUGUUGAACUCCAGAUUGUCCGAUCCCGGGGAACUCUCAUUAAGCAGUUUCUACAUUAUACUGUAGAGCCAAGAGAUAGCAACGAGUUCUAUGGAAAUACAGGAAUCCUGGAGUUUAAACCUGGAGAAAGAGAAAUUAAAAUUACUUUGCUAACAAGGAUGGAUGGGAUUCCAGAGUUGGAUGAAUUUUACUCAGUGGUACUCAGUAGCCAUGGCGAACUACCAAGUAAGCUGGGAAAUGCCACAAGAGUCAACAUAACCAUUCUGAAGAAUGAUGAUCCACAUGGAAUAAUUGAGUUUGUUGAGGAUGGACUGACAGUAACAAUAAAUGAAAGUAAAGGGGGGGACCUCUCUGCUGCGGUAUUCAAAAUUAUAAGGAAUCAAGGAACGUUUGGCAAUGUGACUGUAUCCUGGGCAUCUUACCCAGUAUCUGCAAAAGACAUCUUCCCAGCAGAAGGGACAAUUUUGUUUGGAAAUGAGGAAUUUUCAAAAAACAUCACUAUUUAUUCAGUGCCUGAUGAGAUUCCUGAAGAAAUGGAAGUAUUUAUCAUUAGUCUUUUCAAUAUGACAGGGGGUGCUCGAAUGGGAAAUAUAACCACUGCAAUCUUGCAGAUUACCAAGAAUGAUGAUCCAAUUUAUUUUGCAGAUCCAGUCGUUGUGAAGGUUCAUGAAGGCGGCGUUGCUAAUUUUGUAGUCCUAAGGAAUGGCUCUGAUGCAGAUGUCAUUUCAGUUUCCUAUGCCACUGUUAAUGGGGCUGCCAGUGCCGAAGGAGGAGACUUCAUUUCUAGCAAGAAGAAUGAAGUGCUUGUGUUUGAUGUUGGAAUAAGAGAACAGAAUAUAACUGUGUUUAUCAAUGAUGAUGACACCCCUGAGUCAGAUGAGACUUUUUACAUCAUUCUUUUCAACUCUACAGGAGACACAGUUGUCUAUGGAUCUGGGAUGGCAACAGUAAUAAUUGAAGCUAAUGAUGACCCAAACGGCAUUUUCUCAUUGGAACCUACAGACAGAACAGUUGAAGAAGGCAAGACUAAUAAUAUUAUGGUUCUGAGACACAGAGGCUACUUCGGUAACGUCUCUUUGACAUGGCAACUGUUUGAAAACAAUUCUGCCUUAAACCCAGGAGAGGAAUUCUAUGAAGUCUCGGGGCUCGUAUGGUUCUUAGAUGGUGAAUGGUUGCAACCCAUAACUCUUCAUGCGAUUCCUGAUAAAAUUCCUGAAUUCAAUGAACUUUACGUGCUUAGGCUGGUGAAUGCUUCAGGUGGGUCCCCAGGUCCAGGUGGCCAGUUAGCUCAAACGAACCUUUCAGUGACUGUGGUGAUCCCAUUUAAUGAUGACCCCUUUGGAGUCUUCAUCCUAGAUCCUGAAAGCCAGGAAAGGGAGAUAGCUGAAGAUGUUCUGUCAGAAGAUGAUAUGUCCUACAUUACCAACUUUACGGUCUGGAGGCAGCAGGGAACAUUUGGAGAUGUCCGAAUUGGCUGGGAAAUACUAUCCAGCACAUUCAAAGAAGGGUUGCCUCCAAUGACUGAUUACUUAUUGCUCGGCAGGUUCUCCAAGUCAGUGCAGCUGCAGCCUCACAUGCGGCGUCAUCACACUGGAACAGAUGCUUUGUAUUUUAGUGGUGAAGAGGAUGCUUAUGGGAUAAUCGUGCCUGAGGUCCCUGUCUUUAAGAACAAAUCUCUUGACAGCUUCACAUUUUCUGCAUGGGUAAUUCCUAGUGCCAAUUGCAAUGGAUUUAUAAUGGCAAAAGACAAUAGCAAAGGAACAUUGUACUACGGAGUGAAAGUCCACACCAAUGAAUCUCAUGUUUCUGCACAGCUUUACUACACACCAUUGCAGUCUAAUGGGACAUUUGUGGCUAAGAUAACAGUCAUGAAAUACUUAGAGGAGAAUAUUUGGCUUCAUCUGCUGAUUACACUGGAUGAUGGAAUAAUUGAAUUUUUCAUUGAUGGAAAUCCUGUGCCUGGAAGCCUCAGAAGCCUCAAAGGUGAAGCGAUUGCCAACGGACCGGGAAUAAUAAGAAUUGGUGCUGGUGUGAAUGGCAGCAGCCGGUUCACAGGCUUGAUGCAAGACGUGAGACUUUAUGAACGUAAAUUGAUGAAGGAAGAGAUCAAUGAACUUCAUGCCACUCCAGCAAGAGCUGAUUUGCACCCGAUCUCUGGGUACUUGGAAUAUCGAGAGGGAGAAACCAAUAAGUCAUUCAUUGUUUCUGCCAGAGAUGACAAAGAAGAGGAAGGAGAGGAGCUGUUCAUCCUUAAGCUCAUCUCUGUUCAUGGGGGAGCACGGAUUUCAAAGGGAAAUGCAACCGCGAUGUUAAGAAUCCAGAAGAGUGAUAAUGCCAACGGCCUAUUUGGUUUCACAGGAGCAUGCAUUCCAGAGGUGGCUGAAGAAGGUUCUACCACGUCUUGUGUAGUGGAACGCACCAGGGGAGCUCUGGACCACGUUUCUGUGUAUUAUAGUAUCUCUCAGGUUGAUUCUAACAGCAUUAAUUACUCUGUUCGUGAUUUUGCUAACACUAGUGGAAAGAUCUCAUUUCUUCCUUUUCAGAGAUCAGAGGUUUUGAAUUUGUUUGUGCUUGAUGAUGAUAUUCCUGAGCUGAAUGAAUAUUUCCAGGUGACUUUGGUGUCUGCUGUUGCUAAAGAUGGAAAAAUAGGUUCAACCCCAACUAGUGGAGCAAGUUUAGAUCCAGAGAAAGAAACUACCUACAUCACUGUCAAAGCCAGUGACCACCCGUAUGGUUUGCUGCAGUUUUCCGUGGGGCAGGCACCCUCUGACAGUGAUGAGAUCAUUCUGCCAGCCCUCACAGCACCCCAUGUUACCGUCCAGGAGGAGAUAGGACAUGUUCGGUUGCUUGUUGUUCGAGCACAAGGGCUGCUGGGAAUGGUUCUGGCACAGUACAGAACAGUGCCAUUAACCGCAUUCAGUCCCCAAGAUUACCAGGAUAUUACAGGCACCUUGGAAUUUCUGCCAGGAGAAAGAUACAAGUACAUUAUCGUUAACAUUACAGAUAAUUCUAUCCCUGAGCUGGAAAAGGCUUUUAAAGUGGAGUUGCAGAAUCCAGAUGGAACAGUUGCUGACCUCUUUAAAGAUGGCAGUGGUAGUGGUGAUGGGGAGUUGGACUUCUUCCUUCCUGCUGUCCAUCAACAUGCCAGCCUGGGAAUAGCAUCUCACAUCAUAGUGACCAUUGAAGCUUCUGAUGAUGCUCAUGGUGUCUUUGAGUUUGGUGCUGGAUCUUUUGCUGUCAAUGGAACGGAACCUGAGGAUGGAGCUGGAACGGUCGCACUUGAGGUUGUCAGAAAUCGUGGUGCCUUGUCCCAGGUGACUUUGCAUUGGUGCAUAGUGCCUGAUGAUACCGAAGAUCUGGUUGCAACCUCCGGCAACAUAACUUUUAAUAUCGAGCAAAGGAAAGCAAAGCUCAUCGUGCAGAUCUUGCCUGAUGAAACUCCAGAACUAGACAAGACAUUUUCAGUUCUGCUCAUCAAUGUUUCCUGUGGCCGUCUUGGAAUACACACGGAUGCUGCACUGACUGUUCUUGCAAAUGAUGACCCCUAUGGGCUUUUAGUUUUCUCUGAGAAAAACAGGCCAAUCAAGGUUGAUGAAGAAACCAAGAAUGUCACGCUUACAAUAGUAAGGUUAAAAGGGCUCCUGGGAGUAGUCAAGGUUACAUUUAGAACCAUGGGAGAUGAGGAUGAUUCACCAUAUCUGCCAUCAAAUGUUGCCAGGGCAACAUGGGAACAAGACUAUCUUCCUGUUUCGGGAUUUGUAAUCUUUGCAGCCAACCAAAGUGAAGCUACCAUAGAGCUCCCUAUUCUGGAUGACAGUGAACCAGAGAAAUCGGAAUCUGUGUUUGUGGAGCUGCUGGGUGUUACCUUGAUAAAAGGAGUCCAGUAUCGAGCAAUUUCAGAUUCUCCUUGCCUCGGGCCUAAAAGUGAUACAAUUGCUCGCAUCAUUAUCAAUGCCAAUGAUGAUGCCUUUGGAACACUGCAGCUGUCAGCCUCAGCUGUGCGAGUGGCUGAACAUUACAUAGGACCAAUAAUCAAUGUCACAAGAAGUGGGGGAAUUUUUGCAGAUGUCUCAGUGAAAUUCAAAGUGACGCCAAUAACCGCAAUUGCUGGUGAAGACUACAGUAUAGCCUCAUCAGAUGUUGUCUUAUUAGAAGGGGAGACCAGUAAAGUUGUGCCAAUUUAUAUAAUUAAUGAUAUCAACCCUGAGGUUGAAGAGUCUUUCCUUGUACAGCUGCUCAAUCAGACAACGGGGGGCGCAUUGCUUGGAGGUCUCACUCAAGCCGUUAUCACCAUUGAGGCCUCUGAUGACCCAUUUGGCUCUUUUGUCUUCCAGAUCACUGAAAUUGCUGCCGAAGAGCCUGAGGUCGGCAUGGUGAGGACUGAUCUGCCAAUUAUUCGCAAUGCGGGUACACUUGGUAACGUGACUGUCAAAUGGAUUGCCACCAUUAAUGGACAACUUGCCACCAGUGACUUGUGGACCUUCUCGGGGGACAUUGAAUUUGCUCCUGGGGAAGCCAUGAAGAAUUUGUCAUUGGAGAUCAUGGCUGAUGAUAUUCCAGAAAUUGAAGAGGUUAUCCGAGUGGAGUUAACUCACGCCUCCAGUGGAGGUGCUAUUGGACCAGAUGGAGUGGCAAAUGUUAUCAUCCCUGCCAAUGAUCAACCUUAUGGCAUCAUUUCAUUUCAUCAAGCCUUGUACCGAGUUCAAGAGCCACUGGAGAGAAGUUCCAUUGCAAACGUAACAGUGAAGAGAAGUGGUGGAACAUUUGGCCAGCUGCAGAUUUUCUACAGCACUUUUGAAAUGGAUGUUGUGACUCUUGCAGUCGAGCAAGGCCUGGGUGUACUGUCCUGCUAUGAAGCCCCUGUGCCAGGAAUGCCUGAACUAACUGAGAUGACUAGAGUCAAUGUCUCCUUAGCAAAUGAUUCCCUGUACGCUUGUGCAUCGCUGUGCCUGAAAGAGCCAGCAUGUUCUGCUUUCUCCUCCUCCAGUGCUUCUGGAAUUCCAUUGUGCUUUUGGGUGACUUCCUGGGGUGGCCAAACCACGAACAGCUCAGGAUUCUGGACCUACAAGAAAAACCUUACCACUCUAGGCUCUAUUCUAAGUACAAGGGCAAUUGCUAGUAGUGACUAUGAAUCUGUUACAAGGCAAUGGGUGAUCAUGGCAGAUGGAGCGGAGUUUGUAAAUCUCACAGUAACCAUCCUUCCUGAUGACUUUCCAGAACUGGAUGAAAAGUUUGUCAUCUCUCUGUUAAAAGUUGCACUGAUGAACAUCUCUGCCAGCAUAGAAAAUCAGCCAAUCAUAGGACAACCAAACAGCUCUACAGUUGUCAUACUAAUGAAUGGGGAUGCCUUUGGUGUGUUUGUGAUCUACAGCAUCAGUCCCAAUGCAACUGAGAAUGGUCUUUAUGUGGAAGUUCAAGAAUGGCCCCAGAAUACGGUGCAAUUAAUGAUAGAUCGAACAGAAGGUAGUCUGGGUCAGGUGAUAGUGGAGUGGAGCAUAACUGGUGGCACAGCUACCCCAAAUCUGGAUUUCACUGGUGAUGGGGAGAUCCUGAAUUUUGCAGAAGGUGAAACGAAAAAGGCAAUUACAUUGACAAUUCUGGAUGACUCUGAGCCUGAGGAUAAUGAAAGCAUCAUAAUCAGCCUGACCCACACAGAUGGUGGCAGCCGCAUCCUGCCCAGCUCGGACACUGUCACGGUGGUCAUUCUGGCCAAUGACAACGUGGCUGGCACAGUUGCCUUUCAGACAGCCUCGAGGUCUGUAAUUGGCCACGAAGGAGAGCUGUUGCAGUUUCAUGUGCUAAGGACAGCACCAGGAGCUGGUAAUGUUACUGUUGAAUGGAAAAUUCUUGGGCACCAUCUGGAACAAAACUUUGAAAAUAUCUCUGGCGUACUCUUCUUUUUAGAGGGAUCAUUGAAUGCAACAUUUUAUGUUCACUUGCUGGAUGACCAUGUUCCUGAAGAAAAGGAAGAAUAUCACGUAAUCCUGCAUAAUGUCAGAACUCAAGGGGUCAGUUCUGCUGGAGUUGCAAUCCUUGACAGUCAAGGUUAUGAAGCAGUCUUGACAGUGGAGGCUAGUGAUGAACCGCAUGGAGUUCUCAAUUUUGCUUCUUCAUCUAGAGUUGUUUUGGUCCAAGAGGGGAACAAAAGCAUCCAGCUUUUCAUUAACAGAGAAUAUGGAUCUCUAGGUGUCAUCAAUGUCACCUAUACAACAGUUCCAGGAUUUCUUGGCUUAGGGAAUCAGACCAAAGGGAUGUUGGCUGAACCAGGAGUUGAUUACGUAUCUGUAUCUGGAUCAUUGCUUUUAAUGGAAGGUGAAACAUCAGCUGCCAUAAAUGUAACUAUUCUAGAGGACGAUGUGCCAGAGAUGCAGGAAUUCUUUCUCGUUAAUCUAACAUCUGUGGAGCUCAUCAUACAUCCUUCAACUUCUUUCCCUCCUAGACUUGAUGUAGAUGGUUUGGCAGCACAGAUUAUUAUCGAUGCUAACGAUGGCGCAAGAGGAGUCAUUGGCUGGCAAAACACAAAUUUUGAAAUAGGUGAAGUGAAUGGAAGUUUGACACUGCUGAUAUUUCGGGACCGAGGAUCUUAUGGGACUGUGUCAUUGUUCUUGUAUGCUCAGAAUCUGGAAGCACAGCAGGGACUGGAUUUUAAUGUUUCCUCCAGGACUGUUUCUUUUGCUGAUGGAGAAAGAUAUAAAUACAUUGAUGUUAUGAUUUUUGAUGAUGAGAUUCCUGAAGGGAAUGAAAGAUUCCAGCUAAUAUUAACAAAUCCAUCUCUUGGAUUGGAGUUGGGAGAAAACACAACAGUCACAGUGACCAUCCUUGCCAAUGAUGAUGGCCAUGGAGUUUUGUCCUUCAACAAUAGUGAACAUUUCUUCCUAAGGGAGCAGACAGCCUUCCAUUUGAUGGAAAGUGUUGCAGUGUUAACUAUUAUCAGGGAACCUCUUCAGGGAAUAUUUGGGACUGUGACUGUCCAGUAUCUUGUACGAGAGAUAAACUCUUCUGAAGCAUCUGUAGAUUUGACCCCAUCACAAGGCUACAUUGUUUUAGAAGAGGGAGUCAGAUUCAAGACUCUUCAUAUUGCUGCCAUACUAGAUGCCGAACCAGAAAUGGAUGAGCAUUUCAUUGUUACUCUGUUCAAUCCUACUGGUGGAGCCAGAUUAGGUUCAAGAAUAGAAACCUUAAUUACAGUUUUGCAGAACCAGGCUCCAUUGGGACUUUUCAGUAUCAGUCCAGUUUCAAAUAGGGCAAGUUCUCUUAUAAUUGAAGAAGCCAACACCACAAUACACCUGAAAGUAUCCCGGAGCAAUGGGAUGAACACAUCAGUGAGUGUGGAAUGGGAAACCCUGUCUGAUACCGCAUUUGGGAUAAAAGGAAAUUUACAUGUUCUGUCCAUCUUACAAAGUUUUGUGGAAGAAUCAAUAUUUAGCUGGUGUUUCUUUAUGGUUGGAGAUUCUUUAUAUGGCUUAAUGCUAAGAAGUCAUCCAGCUGUAAAUUCCUUAAUAUACCAGUGGCGAGGAGUUUUUGUUCCUGUUGGGGAGUUCAAUGUUGAGAAUCCCCAGCACUGUAUUGCAUUUCAGAUCAAUGGCUCCUCCUACCUGGUAAUUAUUCAUGGACAAACAAAACAAGGGAGACCUUCUAAUAGUACUGUGUACUCCUUUACCCCUGGACUCCAGUUGCUGCAGAUACAGACCAUCUUAGUGCCAACUGCCACUGAUAUAAAGUAUUUCAGUUUGGAGGAAAACCACUACUUGGUCAUUACCAGUUGUACACCAGAAUCUAAAUAUCUUCAGAUUUUCCUCUGGAAUAAUGGCAUCUUUGUAUUCCAUCAUCAGCUCCCUGUGAAUGGAGUUCUAAGCAUGGAUCUUUUCCCAAAGGGAAGGACUGAGUAUCUAGUCAUGGUUCCAUCAGACUCUAUGCAAACCCCUCUGUUAUACGAGUGGUCAGAAAACAAAUUUAGAAAGUUUCAUGAAGUUCCAGUCAAUGGAACCACUCAAGUCAAAGCCCUGAUUUCUGGAUCUGACAUCUACUUAAUUUUUGCCAAAGAACUCAAUGGUACUUGUGAAGUUUUUGUUUGGGAAACAGGGCAAUCUUCCUUCAGGCAUUUUCAGUCCCUUCCCUUCAGAGCUGUAAAUAGUAUCCAUGCCUUUUUUCCACUCUCUGGUUUAGUACAUAUACUGUUUGCUGGCAAGGAUCAAUCAGCCCUCUAUUCCUGGAACUCAGAAAUAAAUCAGUUCUCUCCAAUGCUGAAAGCCCCUUCAGCCAAUCAUAUUACCACUGUCAAUGUAAGGUCUCUUAAUUCCAGCAAAAGCCUAGUUGUUCUAACUGGAGAGUCGUACUCCUAUGUUUAUGAGCUAACAGCAAUCUCCAACCAAUCAGAUUUUAUUCCAAGUUCAGGUGAACUGAUAUUUGAACCGGGAGAAAAGGAAGCUGUAAUAGCAAUCAAUAUCUUUGAUGACACAAUUCCAGAGGAAGAAGAGUGUUUUAUAGUACGGCUGAAAAAUGCAAAGGGUGGUGCAGAAAUUGGUCCAGAUGGUUAUAUUACAUUAAUUAUACCUCCUAAUGAUGAUGCUCAUGGAGUUGUUGGAUUUGCUCAGAACUCUUUAUUUAAACAAUUAGAAGAACUGGAACAGGAUACCUUGAUCACCAUCAAUGUUGAACGCUUAAUUAGCACCUAUGGGCGUGUUGCAGUUCAAUGGGAGGCCAGUGGGAGUGUUACUGAUAUACUUCCAACUUCAGGAGUGAUUACAUUUUCAGAAGGUCAAGCCCUCUCCACAAUCACAUUAACAGUGCUUGCAGAUGUCACUUCCGAAGUUGCAGAAACAGUGAUUAUAAAUCUCACCCAUGUCAGCACGAUGGGCAUUCAGGAUCCUAAAAGAGGAGCUACAAUUGACCCAAACAGAGCAAAAGCUGUACUGACCAUUUUGCCAAACGACUCUCCUUAUGGCAUAGUGGGAUGGCACACAGAUUCCCUCUUUGUUAAAGCAGAGGAACCUGAAGGGAAAUCAACUUUUGUUACUUUACAUGUUCUCAGAGAGCAAGGAUUUAUUGGCAAUAUCAGUGUGCAGUUGAUUCCAUUCUCUGUUUUAUCACUCCCUCUUGUCAACCAAGCUAUGGAAAAUGAAGAUUAUAGAUUGGAAAACAAUACAGUUAUUAUGACAGAAAGCAUGACAAUAGCUUCAGUAACUAUAACAAUUUUGCCAGAUGACAUUCCCGAAUUACAGGAGAGAUUUGCAAUCAAUAUUAGCUGUGUGCAGUUGCUGGAUUCUUCGUUUACUGGAGGGCAGCCAAGUGUGAAGAGAGUGGGCUUGGAAAUAGCUGAGAUAAUGAUAGAAGAGAAUGAUGACCCCAGAGGAAUAUUUCAUUUCAAUGCUACCAAGGACAUAAGCGGAACAGUCUUUGGUUAUGAGGUGCCUCCACCAGAUAAUGUGCUAAAGCUACCAGUUGCUCGAACAGCAGGAACAUUUGGAGUAGUAAACCUGUACUGGGAAGCCAAACCUACUACCGCUAGCCUGGAAGACUUUACUCCAUCAUUUGGGAACCUUACGCUUAUCGAUGGACAAGCAACAGGACUAAUAGAGAUCACCAUCAUAGAUGAUGAAAUUGUUGAAUUUUUGGAGAUGUUCAAUGUUACCUUAGUCAGAGUGAUGGGUGGUGCCAGAUUAGGGGAAGAUGUGCAAGUGACUGUUACUAUUCCACCAAAUGACUCCCCUGUCGGGGUGUUCGGGUUUGAAGAAAAGCAUGUAACAUUGAAGGAGCCUCAGUCAAUUGAUGAUCCUGCUUCAAAUGUCUUUCUUACUGUAAGUCGGAGUCAAGGAGGCCAGGGAGAAGUUCGAAUUAUUUGGAUUCUGGAGGAGACAGCUAAAUAUGAUCUCACUCCUCUCAAUGGAACGCUUCACUUUGCUGAGAUGGAAUCCCAGAAAACUAUUGUUUUGCAAGCAAUUCAAGAUGGUCUUUUGGAAGGUGAUGAAACAUAUACAGUCCAGUUGGUGUCUACUGAUAACACAGAGAUCUCACCAAUACAUGGUACUGUAACUAUCACUAUAUUGGGAGACAGAGGAGCUUUUGGGGUUGUUGGAAUAGCAUCAUCAUCCACUCAUAUUCUGAUUGGGGAAUCCAUAGGAAAGUAUAAUGGAACUGCUUUUAUUGGCAUAGAACGUGGGCCAGGGAUUUUUGGAGAGGUAACCGUCUCCUGGAAUAUAACACCACCCGAUGAGAAGGAAUUUGUCAAGAUAUCAGGAACUUUCACCAUGAGAGACAGGCAGUCUGCUGCUGUGGUGCUGAUACAGGCUCUGGAUGAUAACCUCCCCGAGGAAAAGCGUCACUAUCAGUUCCGGCUAACUGGCAUCAGUGAUGGAGGAGCCAUCAAUGAGUCUGCCAGUGUUGCAGAAAUCACCAUGGCUGCUAGUGACUUGCCCUAUGGGCAGUUUGCAUUUUCCCAAGAGCUACUGCAGACAACAGAAGAAGAAAAAUGGGCAAACAUCACGGUUGUCCGUUCUCAUGGGCAUUUUGGUCAAAUUUGCCUCUGGUAUAAGACAUUGAAUGGAACAGCAGUGGAAGGCAUGGAUUUUGCUGUCAUGUUGGGAAUGCUAACUUUUGGACCCAGUGAAAUUAUUAAAACUAUUUAUGCUGAAAUCUAUGAUGAUGACCUUCCUGAAGGUCCAGAAGAGUUUUCAAUAGAAAUUACAAAAGUGGAACUGCUGGGAAGUGAAUUGGAUUCGAUGGUCAAGGAAAAUGGACUGCAGAUUGACCAGCCCCCUGAGAUAGGAAAUGCUUCGGUGAUAAGAAUCAUGAUAUCAAAAAGUGACAAUGCAGAGGGCAUAAUUGAAUUUGAUCCACUCUAUACAAGACUGCAAGUGGAAGAGGAUGUUGGGAUGAUAAUGAUUCCAGUAGUAAGACGACAUGGGAAUUAUGGCUCUGUGACUGCAGAUUUUAUAUCUAGAAGUAUCUCAGCUCUUCCUGAUGGUGUUGACUACAGUGUUAUAAAUAAUUCAGUCAUUUUUCAUCAUGGCCAAAACCGGAGCUUUAUCAGUGUCUUAAUCACAGAUGAUGAGGAAAGAGAAUAUGCUGAGCAGUUUGAAAUCCAGCUCACAGGUGCCAGUGGGGGAGCAGUCCUUGGGCUCCACCUAGUGACACAAAUAACUAUCACUAAGAGUGACUCUCUAUAUGGGCUUGUUCGAUUCCUUAACCAAAGCAGAAUAAUUCUCCCCAAUCCGAAUGUGUCAUUGACGCUGUCCUUGGUGCUGGAAAGAACGGGUGGAUUGAUGGGAGACUCUCAGAUUAAUUGGGACAUUUUAGGACCAAAUUCAGAAGUAAUUUUACCUGCUCUAAAUAGAGACAUUGGUGACCCAGUGAAUGGAUCAUUUUAUUUUGAAGAAGCAGAAGGAGGUCUGAGAAGCAUCAGCUUGGAAAUUUAUCCUCAUGAAGAUGUUGAAGUUCAGGAAACCUACAUUAUUAGAUUGCGUAUUGUAAAGGGUGAAACAGAACUUGAUCCCAAGGCUUCCAACAUUACACUAACAAUUCUGAAGUUUGGUGAUCCCAAUGGGAUUGUGCAGUUUGCUCCUGAAUCCUUAUCCCUAAAGUACUAUGAAGAGCCAUCAGCAUCGAAAGGGCCACUGAGUAUUGUGCUUGUCAUAAAGCGAAUUCAAGGCACCAUGGGGAACAUCACGAUUCACUGGGAACUAAGUAGUAAUUCCGAUUUUGUGGAUGAUUUCCUGGCCACCAGUGGCUCUGUUGUAAUUCCUGAUGAGCAAAGGACAUCUGAGAUUGUUCUGUUCUUAUUGCCUGAUGAUAUUCCUGAACUAGAUGAGCAUUAUGUGGUGCAGCUUACUUUAGUGGAAGGAGGUGCUGAUGUAGACCUAGAGAAAAGUAUUUCUAGAUUCACUGUUUUUGCAAAUGAUGAUCCCCAUGGAGUAUUUGCCUUGUAUUCUGACAAGCAGUCAGUAUUGGUGGAGAAAGAUCUAAGUCGCCACAUCCGGAUUAAUGUAACUCGACAUGCAGGAACUUUUGCAGACGUGAUUGUGGAAUAUAAAAUUUCACCUUCCAGAGAAGAAACAUUAGUCACUUCAGCCAAUGCAAUUGGACAACUGCAGAUUAAAGCAGGUUCCAGUUAUGGAAUAAAGAUAGUGCCAAUACAUACCCAGGUGUUUCUUUUCUUGGGUUUGAAUUUGACUCUAGAGUUGAACAAUGUAACCCUGCUCAAUGUCAGUGCCAAUAUUGUGCCUAAAAUAUCAGAGACAGCAAUGUCAGUCUCUCUUCCAAUUCCCAAGGAAGCUGCCAAUUCUCAGGUUGCCUUUGAUUCCGUUAUCUUAAGACUUACAAAUAUUACAGCAGGGACAACACAAGCUCUGAUAACUCGAAUAGGAGUCUAUGGUCCCCUCACAGUAACCUGGAAUUCUGGAUAUCCACUUGGCCUCCUUCCAGAGUUCCUUCAUCCAGGCAAUAUCACACCAGCUUCUGGCACUGUUACUUUUUCCCAUGGUGAAGCAAGCAAAGCAAUUUUAUUACAUCUUAUCCCAAAUCCAAGUAGUCCUGAAGCAUUUGCUGUGCAUUUAUCAGCCGUGCAUAGCAAUGUAUCAGGUGGGGCUCACCUGAGAUCAGACUUCACUGUUGCUGAAAUUGAGCCAAUGGGAAUCUUUCAAUUUGCUCCUAGCACAAGGAACAUUUUAGUGAGGGAAGAUGUACAAAUGGUUAAAUUGCACGUACAAAGACUUUUUGGUUACCAAAGCAAUUUUACAAAAGUGUUUUAUAAGACAAUUGCAGGAAGUGCCAAACCACUAGAAGACUUUGAACCUGUUCAUAAUGGAGAGCUUCUCUUUGGACUUCUUCAGGUUGAUGCUGAGUUUGAAAUCUUGAUUACUGAUGACAGUAUUUCUGAAGGAGAUGAAAUAUUUUUUGUGAGCUUAGUAUCUGUGGAAGUUUUAUUUACUCAGCAGUUUGACCCAAUGUGGAAUCCACGCUUGAACCCAGAAUUUAGUGUCGCAUCCAUCACCCUAUUGGCCAGUGAUAUCCAUCACGGUAUCUUAAGCCUUGGACCAACUGUUAUUUACACUGAAGAAGACACCAACAACAGCACACCCAACACAGUUUUGAUUCAUAUCAGAAGAAAUAAAGGGUUUGUGGGAAAUAUCUCUGUAGCUGUCAAAACCUUUGGUGCAAAAAGUGUUCAGAGAGGGAUAGGUGCAUUGCCAUUUGAACUUGUCCCUGGGAUUUCUAACCUAACCUGGGCAAAUGAAGGGGAAGAUUUUGAGGAACAGGCUUGGUCUGUGGCACUGCUGGAUGGUGAGAGAGAGAGCCAGGUCUCUAUCAGAAUUCUUGAUGAUGAGGAACCAGAAGGAGAAGAAUUGUUUUAUGUUUUCCUCUCUGACCCCCAAGGUGGAGCUCAAAUUACAGAAGAUGUGGAUGAAGAUGAAUUUGCAAGUUUUGCCACAAUAAUUAUUAAAGGAAAUGAUCUUCAGAAUGGAAUCCUGGGAUUCACUGCAGAGGCACAACAUGGCCUUGUGCUUGAUGAAGAUUCAGAGAAGAGGAAGGUGCAGCUCCUUGUCACCCGGCAACCAAACAGGGCUUUUGAAGAUGUGACCAUCUCUUGGCGUGCAACCUUCAACAGAACAUCUGUUGUCCUGCAAAAGAAUGGCACAAAUCUGGCAAAUGAACUGCUGGCUGUGUUAGGGGUUGCCACCUGCAAUGCUGGCCAAACAGAGUGCGCCAUUUCUAUUGAGAUCCAACCUGACAAUGUACCUGAAUUUGAGACCUAUUUUUUUGUGGAAAUAUAUGCAGUGGGUGCAGGAGCAGCAGUAAAUCAUAGUGCAAGAUUUGCCUACAUAAAAGUCCCAGAAAGUGACUCUCCUCGUGGCCUAAUCUACUUUGCUGUGGGGUCUCGUCUAGCUGUGGCCCAAAAGAAGACCACUUUAAUUAGUCUUCAGGUGGUUAGAGAUUCUAGCACAGCCUUCACCAUCUCAGUUGACUACAGGACUCAGGAACUGAUGAGUCCUGAAGCUCUUGGCCGCAUAAUCGUAUCACCAGCUGUUUCUGGACAAGAUUUUACUGCAGCUAGGGGAACAUUGUCCUUUGAGCCUGGACAGAGGAAUGCUGUUCUGGAUAUAAUACUCAAUCCAAAGACAAGUUCCUUAAAGCCAUUUCCUAAACGCUUCCAGGUUGUGCUGGUCAAUCCUACUGGAGGUGCCAGAGUCAGUGACAUGUAUGGCACUGCCAACAUCACCAUUGUCUCCGAUUCAAACUCCCAGGCAAUCUGGGCUUUGGCUGAUCAACUGCACCAACCACUCGAUGAUGAUAUUUUGAACAGGGUCCUCCAGUAUUUAAAUAUCAAAGUAGUCACGGAAAGUACAGAAGAACAGCUUGCCGCUGUGUUGCAGAUUGUGGACAAGGUAAUAUCUGAAGGGGAAAAACAGGCGCUCACUGAUAAAAACCGAAGUCUUCUGUAUGAAAUCCUUUGUGCCCUUGCUAACCCCAAACGCAAGGAUACUCGGGGCUAUAGCUUCCUUGCUGAUGUUACUGAGAAAUUUGCCUUUUCCCUCCCUGUUGGGGUAAUGUGUGGAUCAAAGGGUGAAAGAGGCAAAACAAUUCUGGACCAUUGUCCUUAUAUUGUAAUCAUGGCCCAUCAUUGGUAUCCCCAGCAAAUCAAUGGGCAUAGAUUUGAUGGAAAAGAUGGUGAUUAUAUCAGAGUUCCCGAACGCUUGUUGGAAGUUUCUUCAUCAUCUCAUUCUAAAGAUGAGAACUGUAGGUUCAUUCAAGUCACUGAAUAUAGCAGCCAGCAGUGGUUUCUAAUGGGUGAUAAAGGAACUGCCCUAAAAAACAAGAUUUUUUCCAUGAGUUUAAAGGGGCAGAGUCCCUUUCUACUCGAAGAUAACAAUGAUGUCACCUACCGGAUUUAUUCUACAGACAGCCGAAUUGUUCCUCAUAAGUCUUUGUGUCUCCUUUGGAAUCAGGCUGCAGAAAGCUGGUUGUCUGACAGUCAGUUCUGUAAAGUGAUGGAUGAUUCUUCAAAUUAUGUGGAAUGCUCUUGUUCUCACAUGUCUAUUUAUGCAGCCUAUGCACAGACAGAUAACUUGUCUUCUUACAAUGAAGCUUUUUUCUCAUCUGGCUUCAUCUGCAUUUCUGGUUUCAUCUUGGCUAUUUUUUCACACCUGUUUUGUACCAGGUCCUCAAUGUUUGCAGCUAAACUUCUGACUCAUAUGAUGGUUGCCUGCUUGGGUACUCAGGUCUCAUUUCUCGCCUCUGCUUAUACAAGUCAGCAACUCUCUGAGGAAAGUUGUUCAGCUUUGGGUUCCAUCACCCACUACCUCUACCUUUCUCAGUUCACCUGGAUGCUUAUUCAGGCUGUUAAUUUUUGGUAUGUCCUGGUGAUGAAUGAUGAGCACACAGAACGGCGCUAUCUAAUGUUUUUUCUUCUGGGCUGGGGUCUCCCAGCUUUUGUUGUGAUUCUACUUUUAAUUAUCCUGCGUGGAAUCUAUCAUCACAGCCUGUCACAGAUUUAUGGCUUGGUCUACAAUGAUCUGUGCUUUAUUCCAAAUAUUUACGCAGCCCUUUUCACAGCUGCAUUGGUACCGCUAGUGUGCCUUGUGGUGGUAUUUGUGGUAUUCAUCCAUGCCUAUCAAGUGACGACCCAGUGGAAAGCUUAUGAUGAUGUGUUUAGAGGAAGAACCAAUGCAGCAGAGAUCCCGCUGGUUUUAUACCUCUUUGCCCUCAUUUCCAUUACUUGGCUAUGGGGAGGACUGCACAUGGCUUACAGACUUCUGUGGAUGUUGGUCUUCUUUGUCAUUUUCAACUGCCUGCAAGGUCUUUAUGUCUUCGUGGUGUAUUUUAUUCUACACAACCAGCUCUGUUGCCCUGUAAAAGCAAGUUACACAGUUGAAAUGAAUGGACAUACAAGUCCAGGUUCUGCAUUUUUCACUCAUGGCAGUGGCAUGCCCACCGCAGGCGGAGAGAUCAGCAAAUCUACUCAGAACCUGAUUGCUGCUAUGGAAGAGAUGCCGGCAGACUGGGAGAGGGCAUCUCUGAGGUCACCCAGCCAGGCCAGUGCUGUCUUUAAGCCGAGCCCACAGAACGGCAGUGCCUACACAACUCCUGGAGGGUUCAGUAACAGUUCCUUGGUGGCUGAUGAAGAAUCACAAGAGUUUGAUGAUCUAAUAUUUGCUUUAAAAACUGGUGCAGGCCUCACUCUUGGUGACACUGAGUCCUGUCUUGGCAGCCAGGAUGGAGGCACCAUGGCUAAUUCUCAGAUUGUUGAGCUUAGAAGAAUACCCAUUGCAGACACUCACCUCUAGGACCCCCAUCUUGUUUUUCCUUCUCUUUAUUCCAGUCUCCAAGUUUUAGAUCUGUAUUUUCCUUUUGCACUAAAAAAACUACCCACUACAUACAGCUGUGUAGUAGAAUGCUGUGAACUAUAGCUUGGCAAUUAACAAGAAGGAUUGUUGUUUGUUUGUUUGUUUUGUAAAUGAGGAAGGACACCUUGUAAAGUCAUUCGGCAAGCAACUGGCUCAGAUUUGAACCCAUUAAUAUAGAUGCACAUAUUCCAUCAGGUGUAGGCUUUAAAAAAAUAACCCAAACGUGUAUGACUGUUUUAAUAAAGUCUGAUAG